CUACGCGAAGCGGAGGGGUAGAGCUCUCGGAGUGGGGGGGGGCUUGACAAUGGAGUAGGUACUGUCAAUGCACAAGAAGGAGUUUCGGCGAAAUGGGCAAGAAACACAAAAAACACAAGUCGGAAUGGAGAACAGUGGAAGACUAUGAGGACAAGCCUUUGGAGCCGCUGAAGUUGGUGCUUAAAGUGGGAGGCAGUGAGGUGACUGAGCUCUCCGGCUCGGGACACGACUCCAGCUACUAUGAUGACCGGUCAGAUCACGAGCGAGAACGUCACAAGGAGAAGAAGAAGAAAAAGAAGAAGAAGUCCGACAGGGAGAAGGACAAGCAUGUCGACGACGAGGAGCGGAGGAGACGGAAAGAGGAGAAGAAGAAGAAGCGAGAGAGGGAGCAGUGUGAAACUGAAGCCAGUGUGCCAAUAGAGCCCUUCACGUUGCCUAAACCAGUAGAGCUGGAAGAGAAGAAGCGGAAGAGGGAAAGGGUGAGCGACGUUGACGCGGAGGUGGAUGAGUUCCAGCCCGGGCUGAAGGUGGAGGUGGAGCAGCACACGGACCGGCCCAUCAGAGCCUGCCGGACCCAGCAAGAGAACGAAUGCACCCCACGGCAGCAGCUCCUGGAACACUUCCUGCGCCAGCUGCAGAGGAAGGACCCUCAUGGGUUCUUUGCGUUCCCGGUAACGGACGCCAUCGCACCCGGAUACUCCAUGAUCAUCAAGCAUCCGAUGGACUUCAGCACGAUGAAGGACAAGAUCGCCACCAACGAGUAUAAAACCGUCACCGAGUUCAAGGCGGACUUCAAGCUGAUGUGCGAAAACGCGAUGGUGUACAACCGGCCGGAGACCGUGUACUACAAGGCAGCCAAGAAGCUGUUGCACACAGGCUUCAAGAUGAUGAGCAAGGAGCGUCUCUCAGCUCUGAAGCGCAGCGUGUCGUUCAUGCAAGACAUGGAUUUCUCUCAGCAGGCGGCCAUCCUGGGGGACGAGGACAUCGCCCCCGAGGAGCCCCCUCCUGAGGUGGCCCCCGCCCCGGUCGAGUCGACCAAGAAAUCCAAAAAACAGCCAGUCAAAGACAUGAAAGAGGUCAUCAGUUACCUGUUUGAGCCUGAGGGAAACGCAUGCAGUCUGACGGACAGCACAGCCGAGGAGCACGUCCUGGCCCUGGUAGAGCACGCGGCUGAUGAGGCACGGGACCGGCUCAACCGAUUCAUGCCAAACUCCAAGAUUGGGUACCUGAGGAAGGAAGCGGACGGAUCGCUGCUGUACACGGUGGUGAACCAGGCAGAUCCGCAGGCAGAAGAUGAGGAGACUCACGCAGUGGAUCUGAGCUCCCUGUCAAACAAACUUUUGCCUGGCCUCACCACCCUUGGUUUCAAAGAUGACAGGCGACACAAAGUGACAUUCCUGAACAGUGCCUACAACACCCAGUCCCUUCAGAACAACACGGUGUACCCAGACCUGCUCCCCGAGGAGAUGGACCUGCUCUACUCGGCCUACGGCGACGACACGGGGGUGCAGUGCGCUCUGAGCCUGCAGGAGUUCGUGAAGGGCUGCGGGGGCGUCACCAAGAAGCUGGUGGACGAGCUGCUGGACAAGAUGACGGGGAGCGACCAUUCUAAAGCGGUGUUUCAGAUCCGACAGAAAAGAAACAUUUCAGUGAAGUCCCCUGACGAGAUGAAGUCCAGCCUGUGUGAAAUGCAGGUUGGCGACGGGACGGGGAUUUCGGGAGAGAGCAACUCGCUGCUGGAUUUCAUGCCCAUAAAGCCCUACUCGAUGUCUUUAGAUAUGUCUGUGCUGAACAGUCUUGGGAAGGCGGUGAAAAAGGAGCCCGAACACGAGGACGCCCACCUGCACUUCGAGACGGCCAAGCUGCUGCAGGACCUGCAGGAGGUGCAGGUGGACCGCGUGGGCUCGCGGCCGUCCUCCAACGUCUCCUCGCUCUCCAACGCCUCGGAGAGGGACCAGCACCAUCUCGGAAGUCCGUCACACCUGGGUGUUGGAGAUCAGCCUGAGAUGGUUCAUGAUCCAUACGAGUUCCUCCAGUCUCCAGAACCGGGCUCGACUGCCAACAGCUGACUGACACACAGUGCAUUACAGCAUCCUGGCUUCUUUCCACAAACUUGUAGCAUACAUUUUUUUUGUUUGUUUUUUUUUAAUGUAGGGAAAACAGGAACAUGGUCAUGUUGUGAAUUAAGUCUUUAGUCAUGAUUGUACAGAAUGAACAUUUGUAUGUGCUGGUCAGUUUUGCGAAUAAAUUCUCUUUGAGGGUUUUCUUUUUA